AGAUCAACCCCCGAAAAGGAAAAUUAAGUUUUUCGGCUUCUUAGCCGGAGAAAGGAUGAUAAACCCGUGUACUGUGGCCGGCCUCCUGCUGGCCAUCAUCGCAGUAGUGGCUGCUGCUUCCUAUGACCGGGAGCGGCUGGAGAUUGCUAAGCAGAUCCUGGAAGAAGUACCUCUCACUGAUGGCCAUAAUGACUUACCGUGGAACAUCAGGAAAUUCUUGCGCAACCAGAUCAACGAAUUCGAGCUGAACACCGACCUCACGGUGGUGGAGCCCUGGUCCAUCUCCAAGUACUCACACACUGACCUGCCCAGGCUGAAGACUGGUAUGGUGGGAGCACAGUUUUGGUCGGCGUUCGUCCCUUGCGCCACACAGAACAAAGACGCGGUGCAGCUGACUCUAGAACAAAUCGACGUGAUCAAACGCCUUGUGGAAAAGUACCCGCACGAUCUGCAGUUCGCCACAUCGGUCACAGAUAUCCUGGAGGCUCACAGCGCUCGUCCUCGCAAGAUCGCUUCGCUCAUCGGCAUUGAGGGAGGUCACUCUAUCGCCAACUCAUUGGGAGUACUCCGAUCCUACUACCAGUUGGGAGUGCGGUACAUGACCCUCACCCACACUUGCAAUACCCCAUGGGCCGACUCAUCGAACGAAGCGCCCGUGGCCAAUGGACUGACCGAAUUCGGAGAGAAAGUGGUGCGUGAGAUGAACAGGCUGGGCAUGAUCGUGGACUUGUCGCACGUGGGUGAGAACACCACCAGGGCCGCCAUCCGACUGUCCCGCGCCCCCGUCGUCUUCACACACUCAUCGGUCUACAGCCUCUGCAACCACAAGCGCAAUGUUCCUGAUGACAUCAUUCACUCCCUGAAAGAAAAUGGCGGAAUUAUCAUGGUGAAUUUCUUCCCGGACUUCGUGAAGUGCGCUCCUAAUGCUACCAUCUCCGACGUCGCCGAACACUUCCACUACAUCAAGCGUAUGGUUGGCGCUGACUACGUCGGCAUCGGUGGAGACUUCGACGGUGUGAACAGGGUCCCUCGUGGAUUGGAGGACGUAUCCCGCUACCCGGAGCUAUUCGCUGAACUGCUGCGAAGUGGCCAAUGGACCGUGCAGGAGUUGAAGAACCUCGCUGGCCUCAACAUGCUGCGCGUCAUGCGACAGGUUGAGAAGGUCCGUGAUGAGAUGCGCACCAACGGCGUGGAACCGGAGGAGCACCCCGACUCCCCCAACGACAACGGAAAUUGCACCAGCAACGCGUUCUACACCGAAUACGUGUAG